AUGUCGACAGCAUAUGCCCAAUCCAGAAUAUCCCACAAAUGUUCCUCCAACCCCCGCAAGGCCCUCAAGCCCCCUGCUCGCCACAUCGCUCUUCGCAAAGAAUACGUCAAAGACACCAAAACUCGACUUGUCCUCAAACCGCAAGGUACCGCUCACUCGGCAGUCGCAUACAAAGUCCUCGAUGAAGACGGCUCGCUUCAGUUCACUAUUACUGGCCGAAAACACAGCGAUCGGGUUUGUCGCGAAAUCCGAGACUCGUCGGGAUUACCCUUGUUUGAACUUCACCGAAAGAUUUCACUUACAAAUGCCUGGGCUGUUACGCUACCCGGGAGCAACGAGGCGACCUUAGCCACAGGCUCCCCGCAAUGGCCGUUUGGAUCUCUCUCAGCUGGAAAUUUCACCAUGUUUGUUGAAAAUCAGGCUGCUGUUGAUGGUAAGCGUGAGGAUGAGAAAAAGCUUACGUUGCUUAUUGAGAGGCAUGGAAACGCCUUGGCACUAUUUGAUAUUGUGGAUGGGGAUAGAAAAGUGGCUGAAAUGCGCGAAAGUAUACAACACAACGAGAAGUUGCCUUUGACGCGAAAUCCCUGGCAAAAAUAUCGGCCUGCUCUUGAUCUAAUCAUCACUUCCGGGAUUGAUCAAUCAUUGGUAGUUACUGUGGGGGUCAUUUUAUCAGAUUGGGUGUUUGGCUCGACUUGA